UUCACAUUCAAAGAUCCAAAAUGUUCCAAAGGUUGCAGAACCACAACCAGCAAACUCUAUAAUUUCACGCGAAUUUUUCUUCAUCCAAUUCGAAUAAUAUUGUUAUUUUCUCUCACAUUUGAUUCUUCUCACUCUCAAUUUUCUCUCACCUUGUUUGUAUCUAUCUUUGGUUUCUAUUUUUGAGUUUUUUUUUUAAUAUUUUUCGUGGAAAAUUCAAUCCUUUUCAGUUUUCACUGUCCCUGAUCAUCAUUUUAACAUCUGGGUGAGUGUUUCUUGUGAAAAAACUAAAAGGGUCUUCAGGGUUUGAUCCAACAAGCAUUAAAAACCAACCUUUAACAUUUUCAUCAUCAUCAACCGCUAUACCAGAUGCCAGAAAAUCGACAUGUUUCUAGGAAUGCUGCUGCUUCUAAUCCACCUGCUGACAACAACAUUGAAGAAGCAAUUCGGCGUUUGAAAAUCAAUGGUAAUCGGGAUAGAGAUGCUGUUGCUCAAUCUACCCCGUAUCCGGAUCGACCUGGUGAACCUGAUUGCUUGUAUUAUCUGAGGACUGGAAUGUGUGGUUAUGGGAGCAAUUGUCGCUAUAAUCACCCUACUCAUAUUUCACUCGCUACUCAGUUAGGUGAAGAACUCCCUGAGAGAGCUGGGCAACCUGAUUGCGAGUAUUUUCUCAAGACAGGGACGUGCAAGUACGGGUCAACAUGUAAAUAUCAUCAUCCAAAGGACAGGCGAGGUGCUGCUCCAGUAUCAUUCAAUACUUUAGGUCUUCCCAUGCGUCAGGAAGAAAAACCAUGUCCCUUUUACAUGAGAACCGGGUCUUGUAAGUUUGGAGCUGCAUGCAAGUUUCACCAUCCGCAGCAGCAUGCUUCCUUUGGCGCUUACUCAUUGGCUGGAUCUCCUACCUCAACUAUUAUUCCAGCAUCAAGUUUACCAUAUGUUGGUGCAUUUCCUGCAUGGUCAGUACCAAGAAUGUCAUAUUUAUCUGGACAGGGCCUUCAAUCUUAUCUGCCUCCUUAUCUGUCUUCUUCGCAAGGCAUUGUACCUGCACAGAGCUGGAACACCUACAUGGGAAGUAUGAACCCUGCAAUGCCUAGCAGUUUUCCUGGAUCUAAUCUUGUCUACGAGUAUAUGAAUCCUGGCGAAUCACUUUCUGGCGGGCAAGCAUUAAGCUCAACUCUCCCAGACAGACCUGAUCAACCAGAAUGUAAAUACUUCAUGAGCACCGGAACCUGCAAAUAUGGAUCUGAUUGCAAGUUCCACCAUCCAAAAGAAAGAGUAGCCCAAUCAUUGAUAAAUCCACUUGGCCUUCCUGUGAGACCUGGGCAGGCUAUAUGCUCCUAUUACAGAAUCUAUGGAAUAUGCAAGUUUGGCCCCACAUGCAAAUUUGAUCAUCCAGUUGUUGCUAUCCCUCAGAACUAUGGCAUGACCUCACCUUCUCUAUCUGUACUUGAUGCAUCAUCUCUCAUGAGUAAUCCAAGAGGGUUCUCCUCCACUGUCCAACUAACUGAGACAUCUCCACCUAAAUUAUCAAGUGACAAGCUACAACAGAACUCAGACGCUAAAGCUGAAGCUGCUGCAGAAGAAGAUUCACCCAAACAAGAUGACACUUCAUCAAAUUCUUUCUCAGCCUCGUCACAGUCUUUACAUGAAUAAAUUGCUUGAAGUUUGAUCUUUCUUUGGGACACUUUUUUUUCUUCUUAAUUUCCUCAUUUUCAGGAGAAAUAUAUUACACAUACCAUCUGUUCCCCCUUUUCACCUGCAAUUCUGUUUCUGUGGGGUUGGAUAGUUUGUUCUGUGAUUGUUGUGACAAUCAUGAGCCUGUGGGGGAUAGAAGGCAUUUUUUGUGGUGAAUAAAAUGCAGGUAGAAAGUUUGUGACCUUCCA